AUGGCGCAAACACAAACACAACCACAAACGGUCGUUUCUGAUUUCGAACCGGAAGUCGUUACACAAACUCAGCUCACUCAAGCAACAACUAAAAGAAAAGAGAAGACGGAGGCUAAAUGUUGGGAACCCGUAGAAGUGUUAGUGUUGGCACAAUCUUGGAUCGAUACUUCAGAAGAUGCGACGGUUAGAAAAGACCAAAAGCAAUACCGUUUUUGGAUUCGCGUUUUACAUAGCUUCCAUAAAGGAAUGAACCGUGGAGAAUACCGUUCAAAACAUCAAGUGUACUCAAAAUGGGGGAAGAUGAACAAGGAAAUCAUGUUGUGUAAUGAUUUAUAUAACAACAUGAAACGUCAAUGGAAAAGCGGAGAAAGCGAUGAUAUAAUUUUGAGGAAAGCGCUAAAAGUGUAUCAAAAGAAAACCUAA